AUGGGUCAAGAAGAAGCUCCCUUGCCGGAGGGCAUCUUUUCCCUUCUGGAUACUGAUCUUUACAAACUGACGAUGCAAUGCGCGAUUUACAAGUACUUCUCAGACGUUCACGUGACCUAUAGCUUCACGAAUCGCACCCCGGACAUGAAAUUGCAACGCGGGGCAUACAAAUGGCUUUUGAAGCAAAUUGAAGCUUUGUCAAAUAUCCGCGUCACGUCCGAAGAACGUGCGUUCCUCAAAAAGAAAUGCCCCUACUUGAACGAAACAUACCUUACCUUCCUCGAGACGUUCCGACUCAAGCCCAGCGAACAAAUUGAACUCGUUUUCACUCCCACACAAGACACAGGCAGCAACAAGGAUGAGGGCACCGUAGUGUACACCAUCCAAGGACUCUGGGUGGACACCAUUCUUUACGAAAUCCCACUGCUGGCACUGACGAGCCAAGCCUACUUCAAAUUCAGCAAUACCGACUGGGAUUACGAGGGUCAGGAGGAGAAGGCCUUCCGCAAGGGCUGUGUCUUGCUGCAAAACGGCUGCGUUUUCUCGGAAUUCGGGUCUCGCCGUAGACGAGACUACCAUACUCAUGAUCUUGUGAUGAAGGGGUUGACUCGUGCUGCGGCAGAGGGAAAGAAGAAUGGCUGGCCAGGUGUCCUGACUGGUACCAGUAAUGUGCACUUCGCUAUGAAAUACGAUACAAAUGCCGUCGGAACAGUGGCACAUGAGUGGUACAUGGCUAUUGCGGCGAUCACGGACGAUUAUGAGAAGGCCAAUGAGCUGGCACUCAGGUAUUGGCUCGGCUGUUUCGGAGAAGGAGUCCUUGGCAUCGCCCUUACCGAUACCUUUGGUACCCCCGCAUUCCUGAAAGCUUUCCGACAGCCUGUUUCAUCUAUUGAAGAUGACAAGCCCACGGAAAGCAGUAAAACCUUUGCUCAAACCUACACCGGUGUCCGACAAGAUUCCGGAGAUCCAGCUUUCUUCGUCAAAACCAUACGCGAGUUCUACGACCGCGAAGGUAUCACCGAUAAGAAGACAGUCGUGUUCUCUGACUCCCUUAACAUCGACCACUGUCUGGAAUACAAGAAGCUAGCUGAAGAUGCCGGACUGGCCCCGUCGUUUGGUGUCGGCACAUUCUUCACGAAUGACUUCGUCAACAAGUCAACCGGUGACAAAUCAAAGCCAUUAAACAUCGUCAUCAAGAUCGCUACUGCAAACGGCAAACCCGCCGUCAAGCUGAGUGACAACCUCGGCAAAAACACCGGUGACUCUGCCAAGGUGCAAGAGGUGAAGAAGAAGCUGGGAUACACGGAACAGAAAUGGAACGAGAUCGAUGAGAGCAACCGUUGGACCAAGAAGUAA